AAGGUAGGCAAACGAAAUCGGGCUCCCUCAGUCGUCGCUUGGCGCCGGAAGAGGCCGGUGUGCCGCCGGGAUGGAGGGCAGGGCGGGCUCGCUCCCAGGCGAAGGCGGCGGAGGAGGAGGAGCAGGCCCGGGCCCGGCACGGAGGCCCACCAGGCUGGUCUCGGCCGGGAGCAGCGGCGCCGGGGGAGGGACGGCGGGCUCCUCCGCCUCCGCGUCCCGGCAGCCGAGCGUGGAGGCCCUGGACAGUCCCACAGGAUCCCAUGUCGAAUGGUGCAAGCAACUCAUUGCUGCUACAAUUUCUAGCCAGAUUUCGGGUUCUGUUCCCUCAGAGAGAGAAUACCGGGUGUACAAGAGGCCUACUCUAAGGGAGAUUCAGGAUGGACACAAUGGCUAUACUUCUGACGCAGAAGUUGACCAGGCGCUGAGGGAUGCAAACAAACUCGCUCAGAUGGAAGAGGCCCCACUUUUUCCUGGAGAAUCAAUCAAAGCGAUCGCUAAAGAUGUCAUGUAUAUCUGUCCGUUUAUGGGAGCCAUCAGUGGUACUCUGACAGUGACAGAUUUCAAAAUGUACUUCAAGAACGUUGAAAGGGAUCCGCAUUUUAUUCUUGAUGUUCCUCUUGGAGUGAUAAAUCGGGUUGAAAAGAUAGGAGUGCAGAGUCAUGGAGACACCUCCUGUGGCAUUGAAAUUGUUUGCAAGGAUAUGAGAAACUUGCGACUUGCCUAUAAACAGGAAGAAAACAGGCUAGAGAUUUUUCAAAACCUCAUUACUCGAGCGUUUCCUCUUUCUCAUGGGCUUCCAUUCUUCGCCUUCAGCUAUAGAGAGAAAUUUCCCACAAAUGGCUGGAAAGUGUAUGAUCCAAUAGCAGAAUACAAGAGGCAGGGUUUACCCAACGAGAGUUGGAAAAUAUCCAAAAUCAACAGCACAUACGAAUUUUGUGACACGUAUCCUGCCAUCCUUGUUGUGCCGACAAGCGUAAAAGACGACGACCUCUCCAGAGUAGCAGCGUUCAGGGCAAAAGGCAGAGUUCCGGUGUUGUCUUGGAUCCACCCCGAAAGCCAGGCCACCGUCACGCGCUGCAGCCAACCCCUGGUCGGUCCAAACGACAAGCGAUGCAAGGAAGACGAGAAGUACUUGCAGACUAUCAUGGAUGCCAACGCUCAGUCUCACAAACUCUUCAUCUUUGACGCCAGACAGAAUAGCGUUGCAGACACAAAUAAGGCAAAAGGUGGUGGAUACGAAAGCGAAGGCGCCUACCCGAAUGUGGAGUUGGUCUUCUUGGAAAUCCCCAACAUCCACGUGAUGCGAGAGUCCCUGCGCAAGCUGAAGGAGAUUGUGUACCCGACCAUUGAUGAGUCUCGGUGGCUGUCAAAUGUGGAGAGUACACACUGGCUGGAAUAUAUACGGAUGCUUCUUGCUGGCGCAGUGAGGAUCGCGGACAAGAUCGAGUCUGGGAAAACGUCGGUGGUGGUCCACUGCAGCGACGGCUGGGACCGCACGGCACAGCUGACCUCCUUAGCCCUGCUCAUGCUGGACAGCCAUUACAGAACCAUCAAAGGCUUUGAGGUCCUCUUGGAGAAGGAAUGGAUGAGCUUCGGGCACCGGUUUGCAAUGCGGGUCGGUCAUGGUGACAAUGACCAUGCUGACGCUGACAGAUCGCCCAUCUUCCUUCAGUUCAUAGACUGCGUUUGGCAAAUGACAAAACAGUUUCCAGCCGCCUUUGAAUUCAACGAGCUGUUUUUGAUCACCAUUUUGGACCAUCUUUACAGCUGCCUCUUUGGCACCUUUUUGUACAACUCUGAACACCAGCGAGUUAAAGAGGAAAUCGGCACAAGGACAGUCUCUCUGUGGUCCUACAUUAAUAGCCAGGUCGAUGAAUUCAGUAACCCUUUCUUCGUAAAUUACGAAAACCACGUCCUGUACCCCGUCGCCAGUCUAAGCCAUUUGGAAUUGUGGGUAAACUAUUAUGUACGAUGGAAUCCACGAAUGAGACCUCAGAUGCCGAUUCACCAGAAUCUGAAGGAGCUGCUGGCCAUCCGGGCGGAGCUGCAGAAGCGGGUGGAAGACCUGCAACGAGAAGCCUCCACGCGCUCCAUCUCCUCCUCCUCCGACCGCGGCUCCUCCCCGGCGGCCACUCCGGUGCACACCUCCGUCUGACGCGGGGCUGAAGAGCCAGGUACAUGCCUGCCGGGCAGAGCGCACUCCUUGCGCAUUACGGGGCGGCACUUCCCUUCCCAAGUGUCCGUCGCGUCCAGGCCAAACGUGUCGAUGUGCCUGUGGUUUCGUAGCCGUGACGGUUGCUAGAAUGUCUUCAGUGUCUUUUUUGGUUUUUUGAGAUGUCUUAACUGAAUUUCCAGUUGACUUUGUUAUAAGCAACCUGUGACAAACCGGGCGAAGGCAGUGCAGGAGGACCCCGAUUUCUGGAAAGGGAACCAAUUUGGUUUCCUGGGUACUUACUUGAUCCAAGAAAAAGCUACAUCAGAUAUUACGUUUCUCUGAACCGGUGUAGAGGAUCGAAUGCACUUUGAGAAUGGAUUUAAUUUUGUAACAGUAUAGGCAUUUGUAUAUUUUGAAUACCUAUUUUGAAUAAAUAUGCCAUUGAGUAUCGAACAGGAUUUUGCCAACUGUGAGAUACCCAAUCUUUGGAUCUUUGGAAAAUAAGUGUUGAAACCUAAAUUACUGAUCAAUACUACUUCAGGUUUGCUGUCGUUCUUGAGUUGAGAUGCUGAGUUGACUCAAGUCGCAUCUCUAAUCUGUACAAAGUUUUAGCCCCGCAUUUCACUAAAUGUGUGAAGUGCAAGGAUUUCCCUUUAAUAUAUCAGGUUAACAAAAAUCCAGGUGUCCCUCUGUCGUCAUGAUUGCAUACAUGUCUAUGCAAGCCCAGUAUUAACCAGUGUGUACAGAACACACUCAUUUUACAAAUUUUGCAGAACGUGUUCAGUUGUAGUUAUGAUGACGACAGGUGAAAAGGUUUUUUAGACAAAACAGUCAUAACUGGGUUUCUUGAGACAUUAAAGGCUGUUGUGGUUUUGUAAUGACCGUUUCAUACAUUUUGUUCUAAAGGAGACAAUUAUUGUUCUGAUUCCUAUUGCUGCUGUAUGUACUAUUGUGUAUUUUCCGAUUUGGGAAAUGUUUUGGCAAUCUAUUUUUGCGGUGCACAUUAGAAGCCUCACUCCCUCUUGGUAUUUCCCCUUUGCUUUUAAAAAAACCCGUCUUCCAGUGUUCAGAACUAUCUUUGCUAUUUUCCCUUUGAUCAGUUUUAAACUUUGUGCCCAGAUUUUACUGAUGCAAUGUUUUCUUUCACCGCUCGCCAUUUUUGCGCUUGGGAACGAGACUGGUUUCCAUUGCCUAGAGCUGUACAGCUAACCUGUGCCUCUUGAAUGCCGCAAUUGAAAGGUAUUCUAUAAGGGAAGGAAAACAGUUCUAAAGGUAAGAAUAAAACCUUUGGAUUCCAAGAUGUGCUUUCAAUACCUAUGCACACGUUUUGCAGGGAUUUGACACCAUGUUUGAUCCUAUUUGUAGAAGCAUUGCUUAAAUUGGAAGGGGAAGCAAAAAGGAAAAAAGGAAAAGUAUGGUAUAUAUUGUACUUUAAAGUAAGUUAUAGUUCUAUAUUUCCUCAAGUGAUAUAAUCACAUAUAUUAUGACUGUAAUAUCAAUUUAUAUAUUCCAACUGUAGAGGUAAGUACAUAUUUCAAUGUCCAAUUUUAACAAAUAUAAUCUUGAUAGUGUUCUCAAGGUUUGUAGUACUCUUCUUCAAAUUCGAUCAUUCAAAGUAAAUCAAAGUUCCAUGUCAAUAGUAACUCAUUUAAAGUAAAUCAAAGUUCCAUGUCAAUAGCAACAAAGUUCCAUGUCAGUAGUAACGACUGGUCUCGCGGGUAUGCAUCCAGUUUCGGUGACCUUCUUCAGGUAGACCUUCUUCAGGUAAUCCUGGAGUUCCCCCUGUUUGCUGCUCUGCUGUCUUAUUUCUUUUCAUAGAAUUAAAUGUAAAUUGAGUCAAAAUAAUACAAAUCAUACUAGAAAUAAUACAAACCAUUCUAAAAAUAGACAUGUAUAAUACACCCCAAUAAUAUCUAAUAUAGUAUAUAAAUAUCAGGAUUCACAACAAAAAGAACUUACAUGUCCUCGGAGGAUCCUUACAUGUAGUAUUCUACCUCAAGUUGCAAGCAUUCAGUAGUAGUUCUGUAAAGACUUAAGUAUUUUUUUAUCCCAUUAUAAGAAGCAGGUGAGAUCUAGCCUAUCACUUGAGAACACUAUCAAGAUUAUAUUUGUUAAAAUUGGACAUUGAAAUAUGUACUUAUCUGUACAGUUGGAAUAUAUAAAUUGAUAUUACAGUCAUAAUAUAUGUGAUUAUAUCACUUGAGGAAAUAUAGAACUAUAACUUACUUUAAAAUACAAUAUAUACCAUACUUUUCCUUUUUUCCUUUUUGCUGUAUAUAAUAGACAUCUGUGCAUAUAGCCAUAGCUAAAUUGGAAGGGGAGCCUGUCCUUUCCUGGCCAGGCCACACUUUUCCUCAGCUAAUCUUAUGGGGAACAUAGCCAAAGACACUCAUAUAUCUCUAAAAUGCCCACAGCACAGCAAAUAGGCCACCCUUUCCUUAAGCAUUAGGUCACUGCAACUGCAUCUCAUUAUUUCUAGGUAUUCAGAUGUUGGCUUCUCAAAGAGUGUGCAUAAUGUUGCUUAGAGAUGAAUAGGUAGUAAAAGAAAAAAAAUGACAAGUACCUAGAAGGUUGGGGGGAAAUCUCUUGCUUUGUUUCUCUUCCCUGGAAAGAAUCCUUAGUAGGUUCACAUUGGAAACACAGAUUUGUGAGUUUAAAUAUUCCUCUAUAGAAGCAGUUGGGCAUUUUGGUCCGACGGAGAAGUCAUUACGAGGUUGCAAGUGAAAUGUUGUUGAAUGUUAACAUGUGCAGGUUCUCAUUGUGCAUUAGAGCCACGCAUUUCUUGUUUGUUCACAUACAGUAGAGUCUCACUUAUCCAACAUAAACGGGCCGGCAGAACAUUGGAUAAGUGAAUAUGUUGGAUAAUAAGGAGGGAUUAAGGAUAAGCCUAUUAAACAUUAAAUUAGGUUAUGAUUUUACAAAUUAAGCACCAAAACAUCAUGUUAUACAACAAAUUUGACAGAAAAAGUAGUUCAAUACACAGUAAUACUAUGUAGUAAUUACUGUAUUUACGAUUUUAGCACCAAAAUAUCACGAUGUUUGAAAAAUUGACUACAAAAAUGCGUUGGAUAAUCCAGAAUGUUGGAUAAGUGAGUGUUGGAUAAGUGAGACUCUACUGUAUUCGGUUGCGGGGGGUUGCAGUUCACUAAUGUCCAAUCGUCAUGUAACCUCUGUGAGUGUCAUUACACUUUGUGCCAUUGAGGUAAGAUUUUAGCUAUACAGACCUCCUGGAAAACUGCAGCUUCUAUGUGGAGUUUCAAGGUAGGAAAAGUAGACGGAGGAAGAGGCAAAAGAACGGUUUACCCCAAGGCAGCGUUCUUGCACCAAGCUUGUUUAACAUCUUUACUAAGGAUCAUCCAGAGCCACCCCUCACAAAGAGCUUUGUGUAUGCUGAUGGAUGACCUUGGCCUAACAACACAAGCAAAAGACUUUGAAACAGUCGAAAUCCAACUUACGAAUGCCUUGAAGGAUCUCUCCAGCUAUGACAAAGGAAACUACCUGACGCCUAACCCUGCCAAGACACAAGAGUGUGCUUUCGACCUGCAGAACCGUGAAACCAAUAGGAAAUUGAAAGUUACCUGGGAAGGCCAAGAGCUGUUCCCAUCCUAAAUAUCUUGGUGUCACCUUAGAUCGAACACUAACAUAUAGGAAACACUUCAUUCCUCCAGGAGCAAACCAAGAAUGGGCAACUUGGAAGUCCCUGAAGACACUCAGAAGCGGAGAGGGCCGGUCAAUGAACAACCUGGGCAAAUGGCAUGACCUAGAAGAAUCCUCCACUUUGUGUGACUGUGGAGCAGAACGAACAACUCCGCAUCUUUAUGCUUGUCUGUAGUGUCCUGCCUCGUGUACAGAAGAAUUGUUUGAGGAUACAGACAAUGCUGUCGCUGUUGCCCGUUUUUCGUCAGAAAAUAUUUAGCCGCUUGUGCUCCUAUUAUGACCAGUUCUAUACUAAUUUAUACAAUGCUUUUGAUACGAAAUAAACAAAAAGCCUCAGAGGAAGACCAAGACCUCGGAAUAAAGCUUGACAAGAAAACUCUGUGACAGGAUCACCCCAAGUCUGAAAUGACCCGAAGGAAUACAACAACAGCCAUAAUCUUAAUUAGUUAUUAUUUUUGCCUUACUUGGGAAAUGAGGUGUUAAAAAUGUUAAAAAGCGGCUUAGUCUGCCAGAUUUGGGCCCCUCCCGCCUGCCAUCACAAGGGAAACCUUCUUACCUCGGUGGUCUCCCACUGGCACCCCAAGAGCACAUACAAACACACGCAGAGCACAUGCAAACACACGCAGCCUCCUUGUACAAGUCAGUCUUUCAUUUAUUAUUUUCCAGUUUUGUAGUUCAGCAAUCAAGUGAGGAAAUCCCUCCCCCAUAAUUCUUAUAUGCACUUUAGCAAAAUGAGCCUGCCUUUUCGUAACAUCAUGCUAGCUUUUCACCUGGGACAAAUCAUUUCUGUAUUAGCCAAAGGUAUGUAUGUAUUGCUUAAAUAAAAAGCUUGGCACCUUUUAGACACAA